ACAUAUCCAGUAUACACACGCCACGCUGCCCCCUGCAGGACGUACCGAGGUGCAUCAGGUGUCUCUGUUUGUGUCUGCAGGGUCGGAGGUUAAAGGAGCAGCAGGACAUGGCCGCCGCCGUCAUACAGAGAUGCUACAGGAAGUACAAACAGUACGCUCUCUACAAGAAGAUGACCCAGGCGGCCAUCUUGAUCCAGUCCAAGUUCAGGUCGUACUACGAGCAGAAGCGGUUCCAGCAGAGCCGGCGGGCGGCAGUCCUCAUCCAGCAGUACUACCGCAGCUACAAGGAAUACGAGAGACUGAAACAGGCUCCGAGAGGCGCCGCCAGCCACAACCCAAAGAUCAAGGGGUCGUUCUUGACGAAGAAACAGGACCAGGCAGCGAGGAAGAUCAUGAGGUUCCUGAGACGCUGCAGACACAGGAUUAAGGAGCUGAAGCAGACGAGGGAGCUGGAGAGGAGAGGACUGACCACUUAAGCAUCUCUUCACUUCAUCCCUUCUUCCAUCUCCGUGUCACUCUGAUGUACUGAAGGACAGGAACUAAAGAAGAGACGCCUUACCCCACGCCUUCUCUCAGUCUGUCUGUCCGUCUGCAGCUCCAGACCUCCGUCCCAAACCGUCACGCCGUCCUUUAGCUCCGCCUGAUUGGCUGAAGACAGCUGGGUGUUUGUGCCCUGAGCAGAGCCUCGCAGGCAGCCGCACAGGAGAGAUCCCCCCCCCACUGCCUCAGAUCCAUAUUAAUCAGAUCUACUCUCCGUCUUUCAUUCUUUAUCUAUAAACUACAUUAUAAACACUGUCUUUGUCUGGCCUGUCUGACGGGAGUCGGUGAGGAGGCUGUGACCGCUCAGCAUGCCACUUAUGCAUGCUGGGAUACUCGGGUCAUGUGGUCUGUGCUGUGCUGUUGGAGGAGGCCUCACAUCCAUCCCAUAAUGCCGUGCUGUGAUGUUUUGGGAUGGAGUUCAACAUGUAACGAAGCUACUUGUGAAUCUGCUCAACACGUAUAGAAAGCUGUUCUAUAUCUCUAUCUCUAUAGAUCUAUAUCUAUAUCUAUCUCUGGAUGUCUAUUUAUUACAGCAUGACCUGCUCAUGUUAGGGAUGACUGAGAGUGUGUGUGUUAGUGUGUGUGUGUGUGUGUGUGUGCGUGCGCUGCACAGACUGGGAGGUUGAGUCUUAAGGAACCCUCUGACCUCUGACCUCUGACCUCUGUGUUUAUUUAAACUGAGACAGAAUCUGCCGUUCAAACACUUCCUGCUUUAUAUCCUAAAACUCUUCCUCUUCCUCUCCUCUUCCUCUUCCUCUUCCUCUUCCUCUUCCUCUUCCUCUACCUCCUCCUCCUGUGAUGACAUCACAGGUCAGAGGUCAUCCCGGGGUUCUCUUAUAUUUCCUGUCUGGUUUUCUACAGCGUGACUGAAUGAUGAUGCUGUGUUGUCAUGGCAACCACCGCGCCCACGACCCAGCAUGAGCUUCCUGUUUACCC